GACUACAGGAACAGAUGUGUUUGGAAUUACUGUACCUCUUAUUACCAGUACUACUGGAGAUAAACUGGGGAAGACUGCUGGCAAUGCAGUUUGGCUAAACAGAGAUAAGACUUCUCCAUUUGAGCUAUAUCAGUUUUUUGUCAGACAACAAGAUAACAUAGUUGAAAAAUACUUGAAACUCUUCACCUUCCUUCCUCUUGAGGAGAUUGACCACAUCAUGGAAAUGCACGCUAAAGAACCUGAAAAAUGGGGCCCUCAGAAACGACUUGCUGCAGAAGUAACCAAGCUUGUUCAUGGUAGAGAGGGGCUGGAAUCUGCUAAGAGGUGUACUAAGGCCCUUUAUUACAGCAGCGUGGAGGCAUUGGAAGCUAUGUCUGACCAGGAGUUACAGGAACUUUUUAGACAAGCUCCUUCAGCAGAAUUGAUGCUUGAACCUGGAAUGAAUGUUCUUGACUUGUGUCGCAAAGCAAAUGCCAUUCCAGAUGGACCUAGCGGGUACCAGAAAAUUACAGAUGGUGGAGUUUCAGUAAAUGGGAUUCGAGUAACUAAUCCUGAGACUGUUCUUAUUCUCGGACAGCAUAUUCUCAAGAAUGGAGUGUCAUUGCUUAGGAUUGGAAAGAAAAAUUACUACAUUAUAAAAUGGCUGCAGUUGUGACAACAGAACGUCUCCCUAAAACAAUGCAUCAUUUCGACUCUGUUGCUCGAAGAUGUACUUGAAGAUGUUUCUAUACUGUGCGUUACUACACAGCUCUCAAGACUGUCCAAUACCGUAGUUUCAUUCUUAAAAUAGACCAAGAGUUCAAAUAAAGGCAGCUAAGUUAUACCACUGAAAGGAUUUUUAGAUACGCUGCCUUAUUCAAAGCACCAUUCAUAAGAGGAUAUGCACAAGAAGAUGAAAAGAUGAAUUUCAAAGUCCAAAGAUGGAGAUGCUCUUCCCCUCCUUUAACAACCUUCUGU